GUCAUCUUUUUCUCAUUUUUAUCCCCGCUUACGCUUGUUGUGGUGUGAUCGAUCAAUCGCUUGUGGACACAUCACAUGUGGCUACAUAUGUGCCAUUGUCAUCGUCCACAGCGACGACAGUAUAAGACCUUGCAACAUUUUUUUAAAAUUGUACUAUCAUCACUGGUAACAAUGUUGGCAUCAUCUCCCAACCAAGCCAAAGCCUUAUGCACUUCCCCCCUACCAUCUCCCUCGAAAUCCCGUCGUCGUCCAGUGCCCCUACGGCUACAAAGCCUUGGGGUACUAACGAAACUCACCCGUUCUUCAAAACAUCCUACUUUAACCCUGGACUUCUCGGACAACACUACAUUUCAAAUUCUUGUUGAUGGUUAUGACCCCGUUCAUAGAGGUCUUCCAAAAGAACUUGAAAUGGACUCGUCUCUAGAGCAGCUUCUCACCACAGGGCAAGCGCACGUAGAGUGGACAAUCAAAGAUUGCGCUCUCAUAACCUUGACAGACAAGGCAUUCGAGUCGAGAGAGAGGGAACAACGGUGGGACCAGAAUCAUACCGGAGUUGCAUUCCGCUUCUUUGAAGACCAGAUGUGGCAUUGCGUAUGGGCCACCAUGACGGAUCAUGACCAAGGCACAUGCGUUUUUCGCAGCUAUGAUGACGUCUAUAUUGAUCAACUACAUCGUUCUCCUCGAAAACUUCGUGCACACGUACCCGACUCUCCCAUAGAUCUUCGCUGACUUCUGUCCACAAAUAAAUAUUGCAUCUGUACUACUACUGUAUCUCAUAUACGCCAUCGGAAUGCACCGUGAAAAUUCAAAGAUGUGAUCAUCUCCUGGCCUCCAGGGACUUGCUUCUAUAGCGCAGAACUAUUAGGAGGUAGUCGCCAGUGUGUAUCAGAUUGAAACAUCAACGAAAGAAGGCAAGUAUGAUCCUGAGUCGAUGGGCGACUAUUCCCGGCCCACACUCAAUCGGCGAUCCACACAUGUAGCCAUAAACUGAAUUUCGCGCUCGUGAUCACACCAUACCAUUCCCGGCAUCUCCUGCAUUAUGAAGACUGACAAAUGCCGAUGUUGCGUGCGAUAGAAACGUCAUUCUAUAUCUUUGAAAAUUGCGAUAGGCU